UUUGUAUUGAGACACACCCCUUUCUCGUGGAUGAUUAACAACACUAGCCAGAGGCGGUUUCAUAAAGCUCCACACCUUUCCUGACUCACCUGAGACAAACCAGAAACAGAGACACAGACUACAACAUAAGAGGAUGAGAUUCACUCUGAGCCAAACAGUUUCCCUCGGUGAGAUCAGCUACAGGAGAAAAACAGUGGAGAACUACAACACUACAGCCUCAGCCCACAGGCUCCUCAAACACUGAAGCUUUACUCAGAGACUGAAUGGCUUCCAGAUUUGCGGAAGAGCUCAGCUGUCCGGUCUGUCAUGACAUCUUCAGAGAACCUGUCCUUCUGUCGUGCACCCACAGCUUCUGUAAAGGCUGUCUGCAGACCUGGUGGAGACGGAAACAAACACUUGAAUGUCCAGUUUGUAUGACAGUUUCUUCAAAGGCAUUUCCACCUAUAAAUCGAGUCCUUAAGAAUCUGUGUGAGGCCUACUUGUUGGAGAGAGAUCAGACUCCUUCAGGAGAUAUCUGCAGUCUGCACUCUGAGAGACUCAAACUCUUCUGUCUGGACCAUCAACAGCCGGUGUGUGUCAUCUGCAGAGAUUCAGAACAACAUACUGACCACACAUUCAGACCCAUCAAUGAAGCGGCAGAACAACACAAGAAGAAACUUCAAGAAACUCUGGAGCUAUUGAAGGAAAAGUUAAAAUUUUUUAAACAAGCUAAAGUGAGGUUUGAUCAAACUGCAGAACACAUUCAGGACCAGGCUAGAUGCACGGAGAAGCAGAUUAAGAGGCAGUUUAAGAUGCUCCGCAAGUUUCUGAAAAAAGAAGAGGAGGCCAGACUGUCUGCUCUGAGGGAGGAAGAGGAGCAGAAGAGUCAGAGGAUGAAGGAGAGGAUGGAGGCUCUGAGCAGAGAGAUAGCAGCUCUUUCAGACUCAGUCAGAGCCACAGAGGACGAGCUGAGAGCUGGAGAUGUCUCAUUCCUGAAAAACUACAAGGCUGCAGUGGAAAGAGCCCAGCAGCGCCCCCUGCUGGAGGACCCACAGCUGCACUCAGGAGCUCUGAUAGAUGUGGCCAAACACCUGGGCAACCUGAGCUUCAACAUCUGGAACAAGAUCAAGGACGUGGUCUCCUACAGUCCUGUGAUUCUGGAUCCAAACACUGCUCAUCCAAACCUCAUUGUGUCUGUAAAGCUGAACAGUGUGAGUAUAGGUGAGAUUCAGAUGCUCCCUCUUAAUCCAGAGAGGUUUGAUUGUCUUGUCUCUGUCCUGGGCUCUGAGAGUUUUGACUCAGGGACUCACAGCUGGAAUGUCCAUGUGGGAGACAGUACAGGAUGGACUCUGGGUGUGAUUGCAGAAUCUUUCAAAAUGAAGGGAAAUAAUCAAACCAGACACUGGAGAUUAGGGUUUGGCGCAGGUCACUACUCAAUAAGAUCAUCACCGAAUCCACCCACCGUUAUUGCAGUGCAAAAGAAGCUCCAAAGGAUCAGAGUUAACCUGGACUGUGACAGAAGAACUCUGUCUUUCUCUGAUCCUGAUGAUGACACACACAUAUACGCCUUUACAAACAUUUUCACUAUGAAACUGUUUCCAUUCAUUAACACUGUGGAUGGACUAAAGUUAUUACCUUCAAAGGUCAGUGUGAAUGUGCAACCAAGCAGUUAGAGAUGAAGAUGUAAAAUCUGUCAUGUGGUUCUCUUUAAACCUCCUGAGGUUUUUUGUCUUUUUACCAUUACUAUUGUUUUACUGAUACUGCCUCAUUGGAACACAUGGACUUUAAGUAAAGAUGGACAAUAAACUGCCACUUAUUGGUCAUUGCAGUCCUUUGCUUUAAGAGAUAU